AUGGAUGCGAAGCCGCAGAGAAUUCGCGUCCGUGGGGAUGAGAACGUUCCACCUUCAUCCUUUCACACCAACAAAGCGAUCCACCAGCGAAACAAGUCGACAUCGGCACUCAACGUCGCCUCCCAAGGCAUCAACAAUACUCGCCGGGCCUUUGGCGGAGAUGUUAGCAAUACCAAAGAAGCUUCGCGCUUCGCACGGGAUGACUCUGCCCUUGUAAAGAAGCCCUCGGUGCAGACAGAGAACAAACCUGUGCUGUCGCAACCCGCUCAGCGCCCAGUGUCCAUGUCUGGCCUGAAAGGGAUACUGAAUACUGUUGCCGCAAAGCCUGUGAAUCCUGCUGGAAAAGCUCAGGGCAUCAAAGUAAACAAGCGUAACAAUGCUGUGUUCCGGGACCAGCUUGAGCCUGUUGCAGAAAAAGAAGCAUCCAAGGAGGCUUCCACUGGCGAAUCAGCUCGUGUGGCCGAUGUACCUGUGGUGAUAACUGAUGCUGUGGUGGAAAAGGAAAAAUCGCAAGGCUCCGUGUCAAGUGAAGUGAACGCAAUCACUGAUUGUUCUGGUCCCUUGGCUGAACGUGGUCUCACACGAGAAGUCGACUCCUAUCAUCGCCUUGAGGCGUCAAUUCCUGUCUCGGACACGACCCUCUCUGACGAUGAGGAGGUGGCGGCAACAGCAGCAACCACAAAAUAUUAUCAGGAGCCUGAGGACUGGCUUGAGUAUGAGGAAGAGGACAGUCUGAACAUGCCCCCGUUCAAUACCCGUUCUGACAAUACAACUGGUGGCACUGCCACUGUGGUCUACCCAACCUUCAACCCUGUGAUUAAGCGUGAGCUUAUGAAAGCACGGAAGAUUGUUGAGCAGACACGUACUGAAGAUGAGAUCAUUGAGGAUUUCUACGAUUCCAGUAUGGUUGCCGAGUACAGUCCUGAGAUCUUUUUCCACCUUAGAUCCCAAGAGAUCGCUCUUCUCCCUACCGCGGACUAUAUGAACUCUCAGAAUGAGCUUCAGUGGUCGAUGCGUGCUGUCCUUAUGGAUUGGCUUGUGCAGGUGCACUUCCGCUUUGCUCUGCUCCCCGAGACACUUUUCCUUUGCGUCAACUUCAUUGAUCGCUUCCUUUCGAACAAAAUCAUCUCCCUUGGCAAGCUGCAGCUGGUUGGGGCAACUGCACUCUUCAUUGCUUCCAAGUAUGAGGAGAUUCAGCCUCCUUCGGUUCACGAGAUUGUGUACAUGGUCGAUGGUGGUUACACGGCUGAUGAGAUUCUGAAGGCCGAGCGCUUCAUGUUGAACAUCCUCAACUUUGACUUGGGCUGGCCUGGCCCUAUGAGCUUUCUCCGUCGCAUCAGCAAGGCGGAUGACUACGAUCUUGAGACUCGCACUGUCGCUAAGUACUUCCUCGAGCUGACCAUCAUGGAUGAGCGUUUUGUGUCCACCCCUCCCAGCUUUUCUUCUGCGGGUGCUCAUUGCUUGGCACGUUUAAUGCUCCAGAAGGGCGCCUGGACUCCUGCCCACGCUCACUACAGUGGUUACAUUCACUCUCAGCUCACUCAAGUCAUGGAGAUCAUGCUUGAGUGCUGCGUUGACUCCCAGCGCCACCACCAGGCCAUCCACGAGAAGUACAUGGAUCGUCGCUUCAAGCGUGCCUCUCUUUUCGUCGACAACGAAAUUCGCGCCGGGUUUACCCUUCCGCUUCCUGUGUCCCUUACCAAUGCCGGUCGCAUGGAAGAGACUGAAAACUACUAA